AUGAUGACAUCUGUGCAAGUCCCAGGAAUACUGAUGAGCAAUAAGACACUUGCGAUCAUCUUUCUUUUUAUCGUUAAUUCCAUGUCAGGAUUAGCUGUCCCUCAGGUUGACAGACUGUCUGUGAAUAUUCUGGAUGGCGAGGUGAUAGUCCAUUGGCAUCAACCCCAAAACACCACAUCUGACGUCCAGUACAAUCUUCAAAUGAAAAAGCUUGCGGGUGAAUGGGCCAUGGUACUGAGCUGUUCAGAGAUCACAAAGACCUACUGCAAUCUGACUGGACUCUUUCAUGACUAUAGCAGUGGCUAUAAGGUCAGGGUUCAGACGGUAGACAGAAACGACACGUCAGAGUGGACAGUGAAGAAAUUUCUCCCUAAUACAAGUGACCUGCAGCCUCCUUCCUUCACAUUAUAUGCUACCUCACGCACGAUAACAGUCCACGUUCAUCAAAAACCCAUUCUCAGAAAGCUCUUUCCAUUUGGGGUUACAUACAUCCUUCGCCUGGAGGAAAUAGCCAGAAAUGACGAAGCUGAAACAACAGUAGUGCACCUAACAGAUUACUUGGAUCAGGAGUCCAAAAACUUCACCUCGCUCCAUUGGGGGGUGAAGUAUUGUGUCAGUGUCAUGGUGGAGGGAAACGGUGCUUUGUCCAGGAGCAAUUUCUCCCCUAAACAAUGUCUGUUGCUGCCAGAGCGAGAAUGGUUCAUCAUUUCUGUGUCAUCCCUUUCUGCUCUGGGCUUGCUGGCUGUUUCAGCAAUUGCUCUCAUUUGUCACCUGAACCGUCCAGCGAAAACACCUGUUGUAUUGAAAUCCCCUGUGCAUGGCUGGCAUCCACUCACUGUUGGAGACGGGCCAAUUGAAGUGGUCACAGACAAAGGUUGGUUCCUGUUUGGCCACAGAACAGAAGUGAGAAACUCCACAGAAAUCCCUAAAAGCAAUGCUGCUUUUGACAUUUCUGAAGAAAACAACAAGAGGAGAAGCCAGGACAGUGGCGUUAUCGUGGUAUGCAAAGCUAUGGAAAAACAUGAAACAAGUCCUCAGAGGAAACAAGACGAUAGUGGUUGUGGAAGCAUGGUAGAGACCGUGUAUCCCCAGAAUGAUACAGUUGAGUCCAGGAGGGAGGAGAGUGGCGUGGAGAGCACAUCGCUCAAAGAGGUUGACAGUUAUUGCAGACAAAACCCCACAUCGAACAUUCCUCAAGAUGAGGAGUCUAAACAGAUCAUCUCUAGUCCAGUUUUGGCCAAAGUUGUCUCAGGCUACCGGGCGGGACCUCAGUCGUGUAUCUGCUCUGGUGCCACUCAGUGCUCCUGGUGCCUCAAGCGCAUGGUCCCAGAGGCUGAAACCAUCAAAUGGAAUGGAAGCAAAGAGGAUUUUACCAAUGAUAUAAGAAGGACACGAAUACAAACAACUGAGGCUUUCCCUCUGCUGACCUCUUUAACACAUGAGUUGGACCUUCAAAAGAACACUGUGCCAAUCUCACUUUUUGACCUCCAGCUCCAUACUGACUGA